AUGGUAGCGAUCGCCGAUAAAACCAAUUCUAACAGUCAUCAUGGCACUAAUAAACUCAAGGAAGAACAUAAUCCUCAAACAGCAAGAAUUAUACAGUGGUUAGGCGGAGAACGAGCAGUUGAUGUUCCUGCCGAAUUCGACGUCUCGUCACCGACUAAAGAGGAUUUCGUCGAUCAUCACAUAAUUGCCUCCAAGGUGGAAUGUAUUGAAUUACUUCGUCUCAAGCCGCUCAACAAACAAUUAACUGCAACAUUCGAGCGAGGCUCGUUGCUCCGUCGAAGUAGUCGCCGUGGUAGUAGCCAUUUAAGUCGAUCAUCUCCUGACGCACAAACAUCCGACGAAGCUUAUUGUACCUUAUCAACACAUCGUGGUGGUAUUCAAAAAACGAAAAACGCCAACGAUCAUGAUUUAACUCGAACAGAAUCUUCCAGUCGCAGUAGUAGUUUAUCAACAAGUGCACAUCAUUGUGCUUCAUCACCUGUUCUAACCGUAUCUAUCGACGAUAUUUAUACAACAUUAGAUCAAACACAACAGAUCUUAAAUAUGGAAGACGAACAAAUCAAGGAAGAUAUUGGUCGUCUACGUGAAAUUGCUCAACAAGGUUCAUUACAGCAAAGUCUUCAUUUAUUACCUCUUGUUACUCAAGCGACUGGCUGUUCAAUAGAUCUAUUCCAGGAAAUUCUUCUCGAUGGUGAUCAUGGUGAACGAGAUUUUAAAGACUUAAUUGAUCAAUUUCGAGAAUUAAUUGAAAAGAAGUUAACCGAUGCUGAAUUUCAAAUGUUUGAUGGAAAUACCAUUCGCGCUUCAUCUCCAUCUCUAUUUGAUAUGCUCAACGAUCUGAAAACAUGCCUCGGAUUAUUACGUCGAACAGAAAUGCAAAGUUUUUUAAAUACAUUUGAUAAUAUUUUAAAAUUACGUCUCUAUCCACCGGCUCUACCAGAUGCAGAUGAACAAGUAACACAUAACGAUGAAAACAUCGAACUUAAAUUGAAUAAUUCUGAAACAACAGAAGAAUUAUUGAAACUAUCUCAAUAUGCAAUAGACGAGUUAAAAAUUGUGAAAAUCGAAAAGAAUCAUGAACCAUUAGGUUUGACCAUAUCUCGUUCAGAUUCGGGUUCAAUACAUGUCGCUCGAAUUGUUGUUGGUGGUAUUGCAGCAAACACUCAACUUUUUCAAAUCAAUGAUCGAAUCCUUGAAAUCAAUGAUGAACCCAUUACUGGCCGUUCGCUUGAUUACGUGUGUUCUUUAAUGUCGAAUACUACUGGUAUGAUUAAGUUUCUUCUUGCUCCACCACUAUAUUCGGGAUCAAUGCAUAACAAUCAGAUAUCUUAUCAAACAUUUCAUGUUCGUGCUUUGUAUGCAUAUGAUCCAUACAAUGAUCCAUUAUUACCGUGUAAAGAGCUCGGUUUAUUGUUUCAACGUGGUGAUAUCUUACGUGUUGUUGCCCGCGAAGAAAACUUCUUGAAAAAUCACGAAUCAUCGGUGGGUUGGUGGCAAGCAUAUCGUGAAGAUUCAUCUGAAACAGAUACAGACCCAUGUUUGGCAGGUCUCAUUCCAUCCGAUGCUUUACAACAGAAACGUACAGCACUAAUCAAAGCUGUGAGUGACGACACAGAAUCCAUGUGCUCGGGCACGUCAACGUCAAUAUUUUGUCAAAAGAAUCGAAAGAAGAAGAAAAACGAAUUUUGUCUUACUUGUUUACCAAAGAAAGAGAGGAAAAUUCUACAUCCUGCCUAUAACAAUGCCUCAUUUUUACAUGAAAUUGACGAUCAUGAAACACCGACAAUACGAACAUCUAUUAAUCAUUUUUCAUUAACUGACACUCGACAAAUUGGAGAAGAACAACCGUCGACAUCCUCUCAAACAACUGGAACAUUUGCCAAUGACAACAAAGAGAUGACUCUCGAUUCAUCCAUAUUGAAUACAUUCCGCUUCUAUGAACCUGUCUUUCGUCUCGAUCUUUCAACGCAAAAGGUAACACGACCCAUUGUUCUAUUAGGUGCGCCUAAUGUUGGUCGGCAUGAACUACGUCGCCUUCUUCUCCAAACCGAACCUAAUCUCUUCGAUGUUGCCAUUCCACAUACAACACGUGCUCGUCGUCCUCACGAAAUAGCCGAUACUGAUUAUCAUUUCGUGUCCGAAGCUGACUUCCUAGCUCAAGUUGCAAAUCGUUCAUUUGUCGAAUUUGGACAAUAUGACCGAGAUCUCUAUGGUACAUCUAUCGAAGACAUUCGUCGCGUUGUGUCGACGAAGCAAAAGAUUUGUAUAUUAAACUUGAAUCCAGAUGCAAUACGAACUUUCUAUAAAACGGAUCUCUAUCCAUUCAUAAUCUGUAUUGCUGCCCCAUCAUUUGAACGGUUAAAACGUUUAGAUCUUGAUCGUCGCAGUCAUUUAACUGACAAUGAUUAUCGAGAAAUCAUACGACAAAGUCGAUCAAUUGAAAGACAUCAUUACUUAUUAUUUGAUCAUAUUUUAAUCAAUAACGAUCUCGAACGAACAUACACAGAACUACGUGAAUUAAUUAUACGUAUACAACACGAUGAUCAACAGUGGGUGCGAGCAUGCUAUCGACGAUCCUAA